AUGGCUGAACCAACGCCAUCGCCCACUCCAAACCGUGCAGUUUACGGAUUUGCAUGGUUUUCAGCCUUCAAGACACUGUUCGUUUUAUACGUUGCUUGGGCACUUUUGCCCGAGUAUUUUCUUCAAGAUGUGCUCGGUUUAACCUAUUUACCAGACAAAUAUUUCGCAUUAUUUCUACCGAUUUUGGUUUUGUGUGCACUGACCGUAUUUGCCUUUCUCAUUUAUCCGCCGUGGAAUUUGUCGAUGCAAGAUGAUUUAAAUGAUGUGCACACAUUACGCGACAAACAUGCAAUCGUUCGUUGCCAAUACAUCGAUCCAUCGUCUAGUCGCCGAUGUGAGCAUAAAGUCGAUGCAAUACCAGCCGACGCAUCGAACAAUUUCAACAGUUGGCUCUUUGAAAAAUAUUGUAAUGAGCAUAAGAUUGACAAUCAGCCAACUGAAAGCGAAAUCGGCGACAUUGGAGACAACUGUGACUGUGUCGAUAAAACCAAAUGCUGGCUACACAAACGGCCCAACCAUUUGAAAGUGUUGCAAAAACGUGAGACCGUGCCAAACGUGUGUGACCUUGAUGUCGGCGACGUUUGCAAAGAACUAUUUCUUGAGGAAUAAAGGGCGCAUUUUUUUACUUUGAAUAUGAUUUCCGAAUCGUUCUUAGUUUGGCAUUUUCCAUACUUUUUAUUUAAAAAAAAAGAAACACAAAAACUAGAAUUUUGAAGAAUUUAAAAACGAAACGAAAAUUGAACAAUAAAAUAUGAAUACAAAAA